UACAGAAUUCUCAUUACUCAAUCAUCAAAUCUAUCAUGGCUGUCCUUUUUUAUGAUGUCUGCAGCUGCCAAAUUCAAUGGUCUCAAUACUUAUAUCUUUUACAUAUAUAAAUACAUAUCUAUGUACUUGAGUGGUAGUUGAGGUUCUUCUCCAACACCAAGAAGGGUAGAUAACACAGUGAACCCGAACCGGCCAAUCCAUCGAAAAAACAACACUCUCACUAGAAAAGUAACAUACGUCUCUCACACCUCAUCCAGCCUCUCUCUCCCUUUCAUUUAUAGCCAUUCCUCGAACAAACGCAAAAGGAAAAAAAGGUUUAAUAAUGGCUCCUUUGAAAGAAGAGACCAUUAAAAUGGAAGAAAAUGUAUCCCGUAAGAGAGAAGUCAACAAGGGAGCGUGGACAGCUGAAGAAGAUAGAAAAUUGGCUGAGGUUAUUGCAGUUCAUGGUGCUAAAAGGUGGAAGACAGUUGCAAUCAAAGCAGGUUUAAAUAGGUGCGGUAAAAGUUGCAGGCUGAGAUGGAUGAAUUAUCUGAGGCCUAACAUUAAGAGGGGAAAUAUAUCAGACCAAGAAGAGGAUUUGAUACUUAGGCUUCAUAAACUCCUUGGAAACAGAUGGUCUUUGAUUGCUGGAAGAUUACCAGGAAGAACAGAUAACGAGAUCAAGAACUACUGGAAUUCUCAUUUGAGCAAGAAAAUAAACCAGAAAGAGAAACAAAGUGGAGCUGCAGCUAGACAAGGCUGCAAAGCUCAAAAGAGACAAGUGGAGAAUGCCAAAGAAGAAGUGAGAGAAGAGAAUACAUCUACUGGAGGUGAGGACUCAAAUAUCAGCUUCGAUGUGGAUGAGUUCUUAAAUUUCUCAAAUGAGGAUCCCCUGAACUUGGACUGGAUGAACAGAUUUUUUGAAGUUGAUGAGGUUUUUAAUUGAAACUUUAUGAAAGUGCAAGCAUUUGUUUCUA